AUGAAAUUACCAAAUUUCGUACUUUUUCUUGUUGUCUUAUUUUCAACUUGGAUGGCUCUUCUGAUCGGAAUCAUUCAGUGUGGUAUUAACCCAGUCGUAUUGCCACAUUUACCCUAUGCUUAUCACGAGUUAGAACCUCACAUUGAUCAAGCUACCAUGAAAGUGCAUCAUAGCGGCCAUCAUCAAACCUACGUCAAUAAUUUGAAUGGAGCCAUUGAAACCCUAUUGAAGAGCACCAACGAUGAUAUUCAAAAAUUUAUUUGGCAAGCACAACGCAUUGAAACCUUGUUAGCAAAUUUACAUUUAUUACCCAUUGAUGAAGCAACUAAAAAGACGAUUAGAAACAACGGAGGUGGAUUUGUAAAUCAUAAUUUAUUCUUUGAAUUAAUGAUGGAUGAAAAACAUAGAACAUCAAAACCAAGUGAAAGAGUGGUUAAAGCAUUGAGUAAACAGUUUGGAUCUGUUGAUGAAUUUAUUAAACAAUUUAAUGAUCAAGCUUUGAAAGUAUUUGGAAGUGGAUGGGUCGUUCUCGUGAAAAGAACCUUUUUGAAAACUCUCAAUUCAGAAUUGUUGAUCAAAACCUACGCCAACCAAGACAGUGCUUACAUGAAUGAACAAUUAACCUCUCCUCAAAAAGACACCACAAACACCAUGAUUGAAUACAUGGAUGAACCAGUGCUUUUAUUGGAUGUUUGGGAACAUGCUUAUUACCUCAAACAUCAAAACAAAAGAGCUGCCUAUGUGUCCGAUUGGUGGAAUGUGGUUCAUUGGAGCAAAGUAGAGGAUCGCUUAUUUAAAUGUGAAUUUGAUGUUGAAUUUGUUGAUGAUGUUGAACUUAAACACCAUUCUGCCUGUAAAAACAAGGAUGAGCUUUGA